UUUGUUUCCAUAAUUGUGAUCGGGAAGAUGUUUUCAAUUUUGCGUUCUUAUUUUCAUUGAUUACCUCUUCAAUUGCUGUGAAAAUUUGCUUCGAUGGAAUCUGUAGCAAAUAACGAAGGUAUGUACAUUCCUGUUUGUGAUGAUAGGUUUACUGCAUAACAUGAUAGUUUUGUCGGAUAAAAUGAUACUAUGAUAAAAUGAUACUAUGAUAAAAUGAUUCUAUUACUGAUUUGUAGGUAUUUACAUUCCUGUUUGUGAUGAUAGGUUUAUUGCAUAACAUGAUAUUUUUACUGCAUAAAAUGAUACUUUUAGUGCAUAAAAUGAUAUUAUGAUAAAAUGAUACUAUGAUAAAAUGAUACUUUUACUGAUUUGUAGGUAUGUACAUUCCUGUUUGUGAUGAUGCUUUGAAGCCAAUGAUUGGUAUGAAAUUCAAUACAUUAGUAGAAGCAGUUGGUUUCUAUGAACAUUAUGCUCGUUCAGUUGGUUUUGGCAUUCGUAAAAUGGGUAACAAAUCAGUUCAAGGUAUUACUAAGUGGCAGUAUUUGGCUUGCAACAGACAAGGCUCUAAGAAUUUUAUACCUGGUCAUGCAUCCCAAUCAACUGAAGUGUCUUUUAAGAAGCGUAGGUGUCGGUCAUUUAGGUGUGAAUGUCUUGCUAAGCUCAAUUUGAGAUAUUAUUCAGAUGGCAAGAGCAGAGGAUAUGAGGUUUAUCAGUUUGUUGAGUAUCAUAAUCACUUAAUGGUUGCGGAUGAGCAUAGGCAUUUUAUGAUGGCCAAUCGCAAUCUGGAUCCUAUUCAUCGGAGGUUUAUGGAGGAUUGUGGCAGGUGUAAUAUUGGUCCCACUCUCACAUUCAAACUUUUGAAGGAGAUAAUGGGUGGACCUGAAAAUGUUGGAUGUGAUAUUAUUGAUAUUAGAAAUGGUUAUCGUGAUAUUAUGUCCAAUAUUGAUGGUUCAGAUGCUCAAAUGAUUUUUGAUUAUAUGCGUUCUCAAAAGGAAUCAUCUGAUGCCUUCUAUUAUGAAAUUGAGAUAGGAUCUCAUGGAAAGUUAACUAGACUCUUUUGGGCUGAUGCUAUUUCAAGACGAAAUUAUCAUAUGUUUGGAGAUGUAAUUUCAUUUGAUUCAACAUACAACACUAACAGGUAUUGCAUGAUUUUUGCUCCAUUCACUGGAAAAGAUAACCAUUCUAGACCAGUUACAUUUGGAGCUGGCUUGUUAUCAAGUGAAGGUAGAGAAUCCUAUUCUUGGUUGUUUGGCUGUUUUGUUCGAUGCAUGGGGGUAGCACCCAAAUUGAUUAUCACUGAUCAAGAUUGGGGGAUCAAACUUGCUGUUCAACAAGUACUUUUACAAACAAGGCACCGAUGGUGUAUGUGGCAUAUCAUGGUUAAGGUGUCAGAUAAGUUGCCCAAAUCUUUACUUGGUAAUGAAGAUUUCAAAAAAGAGUUGAAUGCAUGUGUUUGGUCUGAUUUGUUAGAGCCUGAUGAGUUUGAUAUAAUAUGGAAUGAUAUAAUGGAACGGUAUGGAUUAGAAGACGUGCACUGGUUUGGAUCAAUGUUUGAAGAUAGAGAAUUCUGGGUUCCUGCUUAUUUUCGAGAUUUUCCCAUGGGGUCGCUUCUUAGGACUACAUCGAUGUCUGAAUCGGAGAAUAGCUUUUUUAAAAACUACACAAAGCCACGUGCAAAUCUUGUACAGUUCAUCAAUUUCUUUAAUUAUGCUGUGGGAGAUCAAAGGAAUGCCAAUUCACGAUUGAACUACUUGGAUUACUCAACUAUUCCUGAUUUGUCAACCCAAUUGCCUAUUGAGAAGCAUGCAUCUACAAUCUACACUGAUUCUAUUUUCAAACAUGUACAACAGGAAAUAAGUAUUGUAUGUGAGAUUGUUUCUAUAACUACUGUUGAGGAUAACAUCAAGAAGCAUCAGGUCAAGGACCAAUAUGGUAGAACAUUGGAUGUUAUGUAUGAUUGUAAGCAAGACACAUUCGACUGUAGUUGCAAGAAGUUUUCCAGAAUUGGUUUGUUAUGUUGUCAUAUAUUUUGUUUGUUGAAGAAUAAGUCUGCUAAUCUCAUUCCUGAGAAAUAUUUUGGUCGAAGGUGGUUGAAGAGCUCUUUACUAAAGGCAGCACAUGGUCUACCAUCUGAGGAACAACAACCAUUUGAACAUUUGGAUGAAAAGCAGGAAGUUAAGAAAAAGUUGUUCUCCAACUUUUAUCGAUUAGUCCAAAAGUCUGAAGGAAGUAUGGAUCAUUUGUCUUUGUUAAGUGCUGGUCUUGAUGAUUUGGAACAGCAUAUGUUUGGAAAUUGUGCAGCACCUUCAGUCAUUGAAAAGAAGAAGAUGGUUGAGGAUUUUUAUGGAAUGGCAGUACCUGAUGUAAUUGAUGUACAUCCUCCAGACGUUGUUAGUACUAAAGGAUCAGCUAGUGGCAAAGUAGCAAAGAGGCAGAGUGCAAUAAGGAAAGCAAAUAAGCCUCUACGACGGUGUGGUAAAUGUCAUGAGAUGGGUCGUCAUGAUUCAAGAAAUUGUGGUAGAGUCAAUGAGAAGUCAGAUUGAAGCCAUUUGAUAUAGUUUAGGUAUUUUAGGUGUAUAAAAUGACAUUUUGGCUGAUAAACUCAUUCUUUUGUUUAUAAACUGAUAAAAUGAUACUUUAACCUGAAAAAAUGACAUCAAAAAUGAUA